AUGAACGAACAAAUGUCCAUUGUUGUUUUGCCGAUGAUUGGCGUCCCUCUUAUCUCGUUGGCAGCAGCAUGGAUCCAGCACUCUAUUGCCAAGUUCCGGAUGUGGAUGACUGUCCGAAUAAUUGAGGUCUUUGAGAAGGAUCUCGAAACCUCUACACACAAAGUGGUUGUACUGGAGAAAGAGAUGAACGAGCUCAAGAAGCAGGUGGAAACGGAAUUACCGGCUUGGGACAGCGUGCUGCGUACGAUUCUACCAGACACACCAACCUUAGAGUAA